AUGGCCACCACUUCUGCUACUCAGGCUCCCAUUGCCAAACAUACUGCCAAUCUAGGCUCUAUUUCUUCUCACGGCCCUCAAUCUCCCUUGGCUCACCGUCAAAAGCAUACCCUGCCGACGGCCCAUGUUCCCAACCGCUCUGCCCACUACGACACUUCUCUCUCCAUCCCAGUACGGAAGUACCUCCAGACAUAUGGUCUGACCCCACCUCGUGCCGAGAGCUACGAGAUCCAAAAGAAGAGAUGCCUCGCCCAACUGGCUCUCAAGAGCACCGACAUUGAGAGGUUUCUGUAUCUAAGCACUCUCCGCUACAACAAUGUCCAUUUGUUCUACAGACUCUUAACCGACCACUUCACCGAGUUGACUCCUUUGGUCUACACCCCCACCGUUGGAGAAGCCUGUCAGAGAUGGUCAGAAAUCUACCAACAGCCAGAAGGCAUGUAUCUCAGCUUUGAAGACCGAGGCCAUCUCUCGAAUAUCAUUCAGAACUGGCCUCAAGCACACGUCGAAAUUACUGUGGUGACCGAUGGCUCCAGAAUUCUGGGUCUUGGUGAUCUCGGUGUUGGAGGCAUGGGUAUCCCAAUUGGCAAGUUGGCUCUAUACACGGGUUGUGCCGGCAUUCGACCCGAAGGCACUCUCCCUUUGACCGUGGAUCUGGGAACUGGCAACAAAGCACUCUUGGAAGAUCCUCUCUACAUGGGCAGCCGUCGAGAGAAAGUGACUGCGGAAGAGGAGAAAGAGUUUCUAGACGAACUCAUGGCCGCAUUGAAGGAUCGUUGGCCAGAUAUCGUGAUCCAGUUUGAGGACUGGAAGAAUCCAUUCCCCUCGUUGGAACGAUAUCGCCAUGACUAUGCCAUGUUCAACGAUGACAUCCAGGGAACCGGAGCUGUCAUCAUGGGUGGCAUUAUUGGUGCCGUCAAGCAAUCUGGUGUUGCUCCCAAAGAUCACCGCGCCGUCUUCUUGGGCUCCGGGUCCGCUGGUGUCGGCGUGGCCAAACAGAUCGUUGAUUACUUCGUCAAGGAGGGAUUGACCGAAGAAGAGGCCAAGAACUGCUUCUGGCUUGUCGACAGCAAAGGCCUCGUCACCUCGGAUCGCGGAGACAAGCUUGCAGAUCACAAGAUCUAUUUCUCACGUACCGACAACAAGGGCGAACAGUACAAAACUCUGGAUGAUGUGAUUGAGUACGUCAAGCCCACCAUUAUCAUGGGUCUCAGUACCAUUGGUGGGGCAUUUACCCCGGAGAUUUUACAGAAGAUGGGUAAAUGGAAUGACCGACCAAUCAUCUUCCCGCUUUCCAACCCAUCCUCCAAGUCGGAAUGCACAUUUGAAGAAGCCAUCUCCAACACCGACGGUCGUGCUCUAUUUGCUUCCGGCUCACCCUUCCACCCGGUCACUUAUAACGGCAAGCAAUACCACCCGGGUCAAGGGAACAACAUGUACGUUUUCCCCGGUAUUGGACUUGGAACGAUUCUUUGCAAGGCUGUGCAAGUCACUAGCAACAUGAUUUAUGCUUCGGGCGAAGCUUUGCCAACCAUGAUUACCGAGGAAGAGAAAGACCUUGCUCUUCUGUACCCUGGAAUUACUCGCAUUCGGGAUGUUAGCGCCCGAGUGGCGCUCUAUGUGAUUCGUGCGGCACAGAAGGACAAUGUAGACCGUCUUCAUUCUCUUCGAGACAUGGACGAUGACGCCUUGGAGGCAUGGAUCAAGGAGAAAAUGUACGACCCUCACAACGAGACAGCAGAACUGGAGAACGAACUUCGUGAUAUUGUCCAAGAUUUGAGCGUCAGCUCACCCAGAUUGUGA